AUGAAUUUCUACCAGAAAUUCGAAAGGAAAAUCGACUCAGCGAAUGCUUCGUUAUAUACUGAAAUUCGUGAUCUAAACAAGCGCUUGGAGGAGUUUGAAAAGAUUCUGUCCUUCUUUUCCGAACAGUAUGAGCAGUUAAUAAAGAUUACACAGACAACUAAGAAACAAGUACAGCAGAUUGGAAGCAAAAUCGAAGACCAGGGUAAAACAAUAACCGAAUUAACGAACAACGACUAUGAUAAUAUGGUCGCCAUUGACGAAAUUCAACAAUACCAAAGGCGUGAUUGUCUGGAAAUUACAGUUAUGCCUACAUUACCCAACGGCAAGCCGAAAAAUAUUGAUAUGGAACCAUUGGAGCAACCUUAG